AUGGAGGUGGAGACGGGAAUCUGCGACCUCCCAGCGGACUGCCUGGCCCGCGUCGCCUCCCUGACCUCCCCCGGCGACGCGUGCAGGCUGGCGGCCACCGCUGCCGUGCUCCGGGAAGCCGCCGACUCUGAUGAGGUCUGGGGCAGCUUCGUCCCGGCAGACUGCGCCGACAUCCUAGCACGGUGGAGCACGAGUGAUGAGCGCCGCCGGGACGGAGAAACGAACAAGGGGUUCUUCUUCCGACUCUGCGACUCCCCAGUUCUCCUCGAUGGUGGCAAGCUGAGCUUCUCGCUGGACAGGCAUAGCGGCGCCAAAAAGUACAUGAUACCGGCGAAAGCUCUGUGCUACGGGUGGAGUGGCUACCCCUACGGAGGCCUCGUCUGGUCACGCUGCCACCCUCACUCCAGAUUCAGCGAGGUGGCCGUUCUUUCAUACAUAUGCUGGCUGGACGUGAACGGCAUUUUAAACACGAAGAACCUCUCGGGCAUUGGUAGAGGCUACAUGGCCUAUCUCAUAUACAGGGUGCAUCAGCUGCACACAGACACAGCUCAGAACCAAGACCAAGAAGCUGAAGUGUUGUCCUCUUCUGCCAGCAGCAAUCAUGAGUGCAACCAUCUCGUCCCUCAGAAGCACUCGCGAUCUCUUUUAUGGGACUGGGGCUGGGAACUCGAUGGAUCAUCAUCGUUGGCAUCAGUAGACACGGAAGAGAAGAAUCGAAGUCUGAAGCAGCGGCUAAAAUCUGAUGGUGUGAGCGUGAGAAGCGAUGGACGAUGGAUAGAGCAAGAGAUCAACAUAGAAUUGGACAAACCGUGUCUGGACGGGGAGGAGAGGAAUGUUUCCAUUGAGUUUAGAGGGUUCACAGGGUCGCAUAGUUGUCAGAUUAUCAUAGAAGGGAUCGAGAUACGGCCGAGAGCAAUGGAAAGUUAAAAGCAUGGCCAAAUUUCUUAGAUAGAUGAAUUCAACAAUAUGGUUAAGUUUAUUUGCGGCAAUAUUGCAAUUUUCAAGUAUGUCGCUGUGUGAAUUUUGUGCCUUGCAUUCCAUUGGUAUUUAAAUUUUGUGCCAUGCAUUCCAUUUGUAACAUAUGAGGCAUGUAUAUCUUAGCCUUUUUAUUCACCCAUAGACCAAUGGUGAAACUUGAAACCUACCAUAUUGAAGGUGUGCCUAGCUUUGGUUGUAAGUGUUGUGGAAUAAGUGGAAUUCCGUAACUCAUGCAACCAAAGCUGGCAUACCUUCUAUAUAUAACAUAAGGUUCAUGUUACAUCACGGUGCAUGGACAAUAUUUUUUGGUUUGCCUCAUGUAUUUUCUCGAUCUCAGUUAGCAACCUAUUUUAUGAAGUCAAUGAUCGCUGUUAA